UCAAGACAAAUAAAAUAAUUUAUAAAAUCAAUAUAUUUUGUAGUUAAUAUUAAAUUUAAAAUAUGUAUUACAAGAAAAAAAUCGAAGUGAUAUUCUUUGUGAAAUAGAAAGAAUAUUCUUUAAUAUUAUAUUAUAUAAAUACAAAAGCUUUGUCAAAAUUGUAAACAAGUCUAGUAAUUAUUCAAGUCUAAGAAUUUUCUCUCAAAUUUUGGUAAAAUUUCCUGAGUGCUCUUAAUAAAAUAAAGUUUCCCCUCUUUUAUAUAAAUAUACUUGCUUUCUCUUGAAUAUUACAUACUAAUAUACUUUUGAUCCUAGAAAAAUUUCAUUUCUGUUUGUAUCUAUUUUGUGUUUGUGUAAAUUGUGAAUAUAUGAAGAAAAUAAGAGAGCCAUCUUUGAGGAAUACCAAACACGCAUGAAUUGACCUUGUAAACAUUUCCCUACGCGUUCAUGAGCAAUUGAGCAUCUACACAUAAUAAUUAUUAUAUAAGAACUUGGUUGUCACGUCUUUGCUAUUUUUAUAUGUAAAGAUUUGUUUCUUUCCAUCUGAUCAAGUCAUCUCAAAAAAUCGUCUCUCAUCUUUUAGGUUCCUGUUCCAAGUUAACGAUUCUAAUUCAUGGAGGAGGCGAAACCGAGGAAGAGCUUGACCGGCAGUAGCAGCAGAGAGUCGUUGAAGACCAAGAAUCCGUUUAGUCGUGUGAAUGAAGAAGACGACAGCAAAAGCAAGACAGGAUUGUCAAUGAGGAAGUCGUGGUCUACGGACUCGCUUGGUCUGCUCGGUAACAGCAACACGUUGGGGAAGACAUGCAUAUGUGCUCCAACAAAGCACGAAGGGUCCUUCCGUUGCAGGCUUCACCGUACAUCGGCCACAAGCCAAGGUGCAAUAGCUACUACGCAAAUUCAUCUCCCAAAGCCCUUGCUUCCUUCUAGUCGUCUCAGUGACUACUAGUCUUUUGUAUUGUUCACAUGGUAUGGCUAUGGUCUGAUUGAAGAUUGUUACAGUUUCUUGUUAUUCACAAAAACCAAUAUGGUGUGGUAUUCUUUUUAUACAUGUGAUACACAUUGUAACUCAUGUGUUCCUGUCUGUAUGUGUAUGUUAAUGCUGUUUUUUUUUUUUGCUUGGUUGAUUUGGUUUGAUCAAUUAAUAA